AUGGAAAAGGAGUACAAAGCAUUUUUUGGUCUCAAAGAGUACUCUAGAUUUUUAUACCAAUAUUCGACAUCACAAAGUAACUUAGCAUACGAUCCUGAUAAUCAUCAGAUGUUAGCAUUAGCCCACGAAUGGGUAAUGAUCAGAGCCAUUCCUUCAGCUCUCAACAGAAAAGCUACAAAUCUUUUCAGACGCGAACAACAAUAUUUAAAACGUCAAGGUAGUAGAAACAUAUUCUCAGGUAGGAAUCAGGACAAAACCUUAUCUAAGGACGAAGACCAAGAUAAUCGUAACCAGGCAAGUAUCGACAUAUUAGCAGGGAGAAACGCGGAGAAGCGUUCUAGGGUUGAUAUAGCUGCCAAGUUAGCCAAUAGUGAAAACGAUAUUUCUUCUUCGAGAAGGAGGAUAAACAGCGGGCCUGUUAAAACGGGUAAGCUUAUGCUAAUGCCUAGCGAUAAAACUUUGCAUUCCCCCCUCAACUCGGCCCUGCAAGAACAUCAAAACUCGAACAAUCCUUAUAAUAGCCAUCACCUUAGGUCGGAUGGGCCACAACACUCUAAUACAUUUAAAUAUCAAAGUGGCGGUAAUGGUAACAAUGGCGGUAAUGGGAACAGUAACAGCGGCGGAGAUGAGUUAUCCCCGCCCAAUGGAGAUAUAAUAAUGGUUCCAGGUUCCAUGUGUCAAAGCCACGAUAUAAUGGAUGGGAUUUUAAGCGAUCCAUCUGAUUGCUCGCGCUAUUUCGUUUGCGCAUUUGGUCAGGAGUUUUCUAAGUCUUGCCCACUCGGUUUAUUAUGGAAUCAACGCACUAAAUCUUGCGAUUGGCCCGAAAACGUCUCCUGCGCCAAUAAAAAUCAUAUGUUGGAAAAUAUGGUGGAUCUAAGAUGUGGAAGAGAUAAGAUCAGCUGCGCCUCCGGUAAUCAGUGCAUAUUUUUGGAUCAACUUUGCGAUAAAAAGACUGAUUGUAUCGAUAUGUCCGACGAAAUUACUUGCGAUCCAUACAAGGUAGGCGUUUUGCCGGGAAAAGUCAUAUCAGUUGAUGGUGGAACAAUAAUUCCAUUUUGUGGGUCCGGUCACGCUUUGUGUACAAGCCGAACUCAAUGCGUUAUAAUAUCUCAACUAUGUGAUGGCAUAGAAAAUUGUCCUGACGGAUCGGAUGAAGCAGAUGAAAUGUGUCUUAAAUCUCCAAGAUAA